CCUGAAAAGAAGCCUUAAAAAAAAAAAUCUCUAAAAUAAUAAUUAAAGAACUCAUACGAGUAUGAGGAACGGCUGGGGUUUGUUUAGUCUCGAGAAGAGGAGGCUCAGCGGGGGCCUUAUUGCUCUCUACAACUACCUGAAAGGAGAUUGUAGUGAGGUGGGGUUCAGUUUCUUCUACCGUGCCUGCAGUGAGAGGACCAGAGGAAAUGUCCUUAAGUGUAUGCUUUGCAGAGCACCCUGGCUUGUGCAGUGUUACCUGGUUAAACUGGAAGUGAAGCAGGACAACGCCAGUUCCUCCUGGUCCAAAAAAAAGGGCUCGCCCGCCGACUCUGCUCCCUCGGGAAAGAUGGGAAAGGGCUACAAAGUGGUGGUUUGUGGAAUGGCCUCAGUGGGAAAGACUGCGAUUUUGGAGCAGCUUCUCUAUGGAAAGCAUACUGUUGGCUUAGAAGAGGGUGCCACAAUGGAAGACGUGUAUUUGGCAUCGGUGGAGACAGACCGAGGCGUGAAGGAACAGUUACGGCUUUAUGACACCAGAGGUCUGCAGGAGGGCGUAGAAUUGCCAAAACACUAUUUCUCUGUUGCUGAUGGCUUUGUUCUGGUGUAUGCUGUGACCAGCCUUGAAGCCUUCCAAAGAGUUGAACUGCUCAAAAAGGAGAUCGAUGUCUUUAGGGACAAAAAGGAGGUAACAGUUAUUGUCUUGGGAAACAAAACUGACCUCCUGGACCAAAGGCAAGUGGAAACAGAAGCAGCACAGCAAUGGGCAAGGGCUGAGAAAGUGAGACUGUGGGAAGUGACUGUGACAGAUCGGAAAACACUGCUUGAACCCUUCACCUUCUUAGCUAGCAAACUGUCCCAGUCCCAGAACAAAUCAACAUUUCCCUUGCCUGGAAGGAAGAGCAAAGGGAAUAACUGUGAUAACUAGGCUAGCCUAGCAUUGUCUCCUGCUGCCAGGUCACAGUCUAAGUCCUUUUUGUGCCAUUUGCUUCUUGCAGUUUCACUUAAAGCAAUAAUCUCAUUCAGCAAUAAAAUCAGCAAGAUUAUAGCUAAGAGGUAUCCUUUCUUCUCACAGACUUGGCUUGAAAAAGUCGCUGGUGGUAAAAACCUAAAAAAGCUUUUCAUGAGAGCAGUUAUUUUGCAACAAGGGUUAUGAAGACAGAAGGGAUAGAUGGACACCUCUCUAUCAGGGGCUUUUACUAUGCCUGGAUGCAGCCAUGUUGAGGGACAAAUCAACAAGCUUACCGUUAAGCAAUGGCCUUGCAGAUCUGUAGCCUCUAGUCACAAAUAGUAUUAGCUGCAAUAAAGCAAUUUGGAGAGACAGUAUGUUUGAAAUGGCAGUAGUUCUUUUACCUUGACCUUAAAUAGGGCCACAAAGCAUACUGAUGCUGCAGAAGGCUGAGGCCAGUGUCUUGUUGCAGGAGAAGGGUAUGGGGAAGGAGAAAUGAUUACCAGAUUUAGCCACUGAUAUUAUGCCAGUGUCUGGAAGGAAAAAAAAAAAACAAAACAAAAUCAUACAAAAACACCCCUCACAUCAUCUGGGAAAUACUAGACCAGAUCUACCCUGACAUGAAGCUCGUCAACAAAGUCUGGCAAUCAGUGCUUCCAGCUCAAGAACUCAUUUGUACAAACCAGAAAAGCUCUCAGAGCACUCCUUAAUUUAACUGUGACCUGACGGACAAGAUAGCUGUAUGUGGGUUUGUUCCAGCAUGUCCAGUACAAAUCAGUCACAGUCACAUAGGUGAUAAUUGUACUGAGAAAUUAUACAGAGCAAUUUUGUAUGCAGGAGGUACUGCCUGGGCUCUGCUUAGUGCAUUGCAUAACACUCCCACCCGGCUGCUCAGCCAAGCUGCAGCAAUCCACCCCCCUGUACGAAGCUACAGGCCAGAUAAUAACUGGUACAAAGUGCUGUACUGCUGUGUGAGAGCGGGCUAUAGGGAGUGUAGGGGGCUGCCUUUUGGGACUAUCCUCAUGGAAAACACCCAGAAAUACCUGUACCAAAUGGGUUUGGACUUAUCAUGCUGCACAUUGUCCAGCAGCAGGAGCACAACUGGAUGUGCUGUGUUGACUCAGUGCUGGUAAAGGUAAACCUGUGCUGCAGGAAUCUGCUGUCCUAGGUCAGCCUGUCAGUAAAGUUAACAAAAGGGGAUAUAGAGGGACAGAAUGAGCAACUGUUCCCAGAGACAGUGGCCAGUUUUUGGCAUCUUAACAACCUCCUGUACUAAAAGAUGCUACCUUUUCUUUAUAUUUGAAGACAAGAGCAGGGAGAGGGAGUGAACAUAAAUACCCAGUUCCUGCAUUUUUCACUGCUGUUUUGAACAAAUACUGAGAAUUCCACUGUGAAUCAGCAAAACCACAAGCAAUAUUUGCAGUGUCAUAUCAUAACUGCUAAAUAGUGUGCUUAAUGAUCACAAUUAAGCUUAUAGUAUUGCUCUUCCUGAAUACUGGUUAAUAAAGUCUGUCAGCAUUA